CUUAAUGUUGGAAGAAUUUGAUUGGUGAAAGCAGAGUUGUAGCAAUAUAAAAUUGAUGUAAUUAGCAGAGUUUGUGGUGGGUUCGAAUUAGAGAACAAAAGAUAUGCCACGUUAUAUCGUCCCCGCGUAUUAGCCACAAUCUAUCGAAGACGCAGCAAAGUUAAAGCUUCUCUUAUUUUCCAGACGAACACUCGUGUGUGUGGUGGUUUUGCAGCCACCACAAUGGAUGAGAAAGAAGAAGACCCGAUUUCAGUUCCUUCUCAAUCCCAACUCAAAAUUCGUCUUUUUUCCUCGCGCGAUUUCUUCUUCUUCUUCUUCUUCUUCCGACAACAACAACGAUGGUUCAGUUUCAUCUUCCAGACAAAACAACCGACAGAUGGGUUAUGAUCCUUCAGAGGAACUCUUUGGUGUUGAUUUCAAGCCCAGGUUCAUAUCUGGUGAUUCGCGUGAACCAAGGUCAUGGUUUGGUCCUAACGGUCAGUACAUUCGAGAGCUUCCUUGUCCAACUUGUAGGGGAAGAGGUUAUACUUCAUGUUCAAAUUGCGGAAUCGAGAGGUCGCGAUUAGACUGCCCUCAAUGCAAAGGAAAGGGCAUAAUGACUUGUCUCAGAUGUUUGGGGGAUUGUGUCAUAUGGGAAGAAUCAAUCGAUGAACGACCUUGGGAGAAAGCUAGAUCCAGUUCUCCAUUUAGAGUAAAGGAGGAUGAUGAGGUUGAUAAUUUAGAGAUAAAGUUCAGUAAAAGGCGAAAAUCGAAGCGGAUUUAUCAGUCACCAACUCCUGAAGUUGGACAAAAGAUCAGCCGAUCUCUAAAAAGUCUCAAUGCCAAAACUGGACUUUUUAGUAAGCGCAUGAAGAUUAUACAUCGUGAUCCAGUGCUUCAUGCUCAAAGAGUAGCUGCAAUUAAGAAAGCUAAAGGAACACCAGCUGCUAGAAAGCAUGCAUCCGAAUCUAUGAAAGCUUUCUUCAGUAACCCUGUAAACCGUGAACAGAGAAGCCUAUCUAUGAAAGGAACUAAGUUUUACUGCAAGAACUGUGGACAGGAAGGCCAUAGACGCCAUUACUGUCCAGAACUAGGCACUAAUGCGGACAGAAAAUUUAGAUGUCGGGGUUGCGGCGGGAAAGGCCACAACCGUAGAACUUGUCCUAAGUCGAAAUCAAUAGUCACUAAAGGCAUUUCCACUAGGUAUCACAAAUGUGGAAUAUGCGGUGAGAGAGGUCACAACAGCAGAACAUGCCGGAAGCCGACCGGAGUGAAUCCUAGUUGCAGUGGUGAAAAUUCCGGGGAAGAUGGUGUUGGUAAAAUAACGUAUGCUUGUGGGUUCUGCAAGAAAAUGGGACAUAAUGUAAGAACCUGUCCAAGUAAACAAGUUUCAGACAGUGAUUCUUGUUUAGAGCAAGAAGGUUCUUGAACCUGUUUAUUUGGUUAGGCUUGGUUUUGCUAUUGAAGCUGAAAUAACCAAUCACUGACAAGUCCUUUUUAGCGGAUGGAUAUUUCGGGUUUAUAAUCGGACCAAUCACUUGAGUCCCGAUUGGUCUUUUUUGAACUAUCUAAACUCAAACAAAAACUGAAGUGAGUUUGACCGCUUUUGGUUUCGGGUUAUGACCGCAUUCGUUUACGU